GAAGGCAUCACAACGCUACCGGUGAUGUCAGUUCACGGACGGUAGGAGUUUCCGCCAGCGUGUGUGCCGACAGAGAGUAGGCCCACUGCUGGCCGUCGAGGAGGGGAGGAAACGUGUGUUUACACAGACGGCUAACUGCCUGGGGAAUCGUAGGGGAGAGGAAGUCAGCCGGCUCUGCGUCUGCCUGCUCCAACUUCCUGCUCAGAAAAAGAAAAAGCCCAGGAUCCGAUUUCAGUCCAGCACAACCGUGCAGACCAGGAGUCAGCAUGGAAAAACAAGGGAUCACGCAGUCUUCGACGUAAAGUUUCGCGGAGUGAAGAGACCCAGCCGGAGAUCGCAGGUAUGGACAGCGCCAUCACCCUGUGGCAGUUCCUGCUGCAGCUGCUGCUCGACCAGAGCCACAAGCACCUGAUUUGCUGGACGUCCACGGACGGCGAGUUCAAGCUCCUCAAGUCGGAGGAGGUGGCCAAGCUGUGGGGGCUGCGCAAGAACAAGACCAACAUGAACUACGACAAGCUGAGCAGAGCCCUGCGCUACUACUACGACAAGAACAUCAUCAAAAAGGUGAUCGGCCAGAAGUUUGUCUAUAAGUUUGUGUCCUUUCCUGAGAUCCUGAAGAUGGAUCCGCAGGCGGUGGAGAUGGGCUUAGCCUCUGGAAGGUUUCCCCUCCAAGAGGGAGACGCGCCUGAGCUGGACGUGGAGACGGAAGAGGAGGAGGACAGUGAGGAGGAGGUCCAAAGGAGGACCCUCGCAGCCUUGGGGGCACAGCAGUGCCAAAGGGACUACCUCCACUCAGGCCUCUACUCGUCCUUCAGAAUUAGCUCCUUGCACAGGAGCCUGCGCGAGCGCCAGGACGAGCCGCGCUCCGUCAUCCGCUUCGGUGCCAACACCGGCGGGAGGAGCUCCCCUCCCUCCGUCAAGUCAGAAUCCUACGCCUCCCCCACGGCAUCCAGACUCCCCUCGCACUCCCACUCUCCGUCCUCCUCGCCGCACACCCAGCCCAGACGAAGCUGGAGCCCCGCCGACGAGGAAGAGGACUCGGAGGACUCGGACCAGAACCCUCAGCCGCUCAAUCUCUCCUCUGGGCACAGGGAGCGAGCCCUGCAGCCUCCUGAGAAGAGGAGCAGCAGCAGUGGGAGGAGUAGCAGCGGGGACCAAGGGGAUGAACUUCCACCCAAAAGCAAAAAGCCGAAAGCUUUGGAGAUCUCCAGCCCGUCCCUGCUCCUGGCGGGGAGCGACAUCGGCUCCAUCGCCCUCAACAGCCCGGCGCUGCCGUCCGGCUCCCUCACUCCUGCCUUCUUCACCGCACAGACUCCGUCGGGUUUGCUGCUGGCUCACAGUCCGCUGCUGUCGGGGAUCCACUUCUGGAGCAGCCUGAGCCCCGUCGCCCCGCUCAGCCCCGCCCGGCUGCAGGGCCACGGCUCCCUCUUCCAGUUCCCCAGCCUAAUCAACGGACACAUGCCUGUCCCCCUCCCAAACCUGGAAGGAACACCCUCCUCCCUGCUCCUGUCCCCCGCCACCCACAAAUCCUGAUCCAGGGACUGUGAAAGAAAGAAAGAAAGAAAGAAAAAAAAAAAAAAAACACCGAGCAUCAUCGUUUAAAGUUUCUCAGUUGUCUGUUUGCGGUCGAAUUCAUGUUCAAAUUCAGCUUAAAAAAAACCCAACAAAAACAAUAAAGAGACGUGACCUCACUCCUUUUUGCACUUGAGUUGCUCCAGAUUCUAGUUGUUGAAAGCACUUGGUAAAAAGCCAUACAGCAGGACGUCAGAGACGUCUGUGGUAGAGGAACAACACAUUUUAUCCACGGACAGGCUCAUUCUCUGCAGAAACUUUUUUUGUUUGUUUGUUUUUUUAAUCUUGUACAAACAUUAUUUUUCUCCUCUUUACAAGGUGAAACUGCUGGUUUCACCAAUGUGGUAAUGUAAUGUAUGCACUAUGCUUUCCUGAUAGUACCAGCUGUGCCUUAUUGUCUAUUUGUUGUUUUUUUUUUUUACUUUAUUACAAAAUCUUUUAAAUGAAGACGAGAUUUCUGAUCAAUACAAAAUUUGUAACAGUUAUGUACUUUUUUUAAUACUGGACUUGGCAUACAGUUAUGCAUUCUGUAUAUGUUUUGUAUUGUAAAAAAUGUCAUUUCCAAUAAAUAAGGCAUUGAAUGCGUGAAAA